AGCUUCCAUCCGCUGCUGAAUGCUCUACGCACCUUGUAGCUUUGACGCAAGGGUGAAACAGCAAAAUUGCCGAAAGGAAGAGCCAUCAAGCAAAAUACACAAAACGGCACAAUCACCUAACUGCAAAGCAUUGUCCUUAGUUUUCCAUCACCGUUACAAUGACUACUGAUAUCGCUCGUGAAUUCGAGGCACCAGGAUUCAGUUUCGAAAACUGUCGCCGCAAUGCUCAGCUGGUUAAAAGUGGCUUUGUGCCACCGAAAAUGAUCAAAACAGGAACCACCAUUUGCGGAAUCAUCUACAAGGAUGGCGUCAUCCUCGGUGCGGACACGCGCGCCACUGAAGGACCGAUUGUAGCUGACAAGAACUGCGAAAAGAUCCACUAUCUGGCAAAGAACAUGUACUGCUGUGGAGCAGGUACUGCGGCGGACACGGAAAUGACCACACAGAUGAUUGCCUCGAAUCUGGAGCUGCAUCGACUCAACACCGGCCGUACCGUGCCAGUCGUUGUGGCGAAUACAAUGCUGAAGCAGUUCUUGUUCCGCUAUCAGGGCUACAUCAGUGCGGCCUUAGUGUUGGGAGGAGUGGACAGUACCGGUCCGUACAUCUACUGUAUUUACCCGCACGGUUCGACCGACAAGCUGCCGUACGCAACCAUGGGCUCGGGAAGUUUAGCCGCUAUGUCCGUGUUUGAGUCCCGCUGGAAGCCCGAUAUGUCCGAAGAGGAAGGCAAGAAGCUGGUGCGGGAUGCCAUUGCGGCCGGUGUGUUCAACGAUCUGGGUUCCGGUUCGAACAUUGACCUGUGCGUCAUCCGAAAGGACGCGACUGAGUAUUUGCGCACGUACGAGGAAGCGAACAAGAAGGGCACUCGUAGCUUGGCGUAUGAUUUCAAACCAGGCACGACGGCAAUUUUGCAAAGCAAGAGCUUCAAGGUGGACAUUACAGAUACAGUUGUGCGUCAUCUGGUGCCGGAAGGGCUGGAAAGUAUGGAUACGGCUUAAGGCAGACAAAGAUGAUGGAGUUCUGCACUCAGUUCCAUAAUUAACUUGUAUCGGUAUCAGUUUCGGGAAUAAAAUUGCUAUCAAAUUUGAA